UAGUCGGUCUUCUUGUCCAGUAAACAGAGGGGCCCGCUGGCUACAACUUCUGCUUCCGGGUCACGCUUUGACAGCGGCUUUCAAGACCCAGCUCAGUGCCGCGAUUCGUUUGGAGCAUGUGAACACACACUGAGCCUCGAUGAGUUCCAGUAUGUGGUAUAUUAUGCAGAGCAUUCAGAGCAAAUACUCUCUCUCAGAGCGCUUAAUCCGAACAAUCGCUGCCAUCCGUUCCUUCCCACAUGAUAACGUAGAGGACCUCAUCAGAGGGGGAGCAGAUGUGAACUGCACCCAUGGUACCCUGAAGCCCUUGCACUGUGCCUGUAUGGUGUCAGAUGCUGACUGUGUGGAGUUACUCCUGGAAAAAGGAGCUGAGGUGAAUGCUCUGGAUGGUUACAACCGAACAGCCCUCCACUAUGCAGCAGAGAAAGAUGAGGCUUGUGUGGAGGUCCUGUUGGAAUAUGGUGCAAACCCCAAUGCACUGGACGGCAAUAGAGAUACUCCACUUCACUGGGCAGCCUUUAAGAACAAUGCUGAGUGUGUGCGAGCUCUCCUAGAGAGUGGGGCCUCUGUCAAUGCCCUGGAUUACAACAAUGAUACACCGCUCAGCUGGGCUGCCAUGAAGGGAAAUCUUGAGAGUGUCAGCAUCCUUCUUGAUUAUGGUGCAGAGGUCAGAGUCAUCAACUUAAAAGGCCAGACACCCAUCUCCCGCCUGGUGGCUCUGCUAGUCAGGGGACUUGGAACAGAGAAAGAGGAUUCUUGCUUUGAGCUUCUCCACAGAGCUGUUGGACACUUUGAAUUGAGGAAAAAUGGCACCAUGCCACGAGAGGUGGCCAGAGACCAGCAGCUAUGUGAAAAACUGACUGUUCUGUGCUCAGCCCCAGGAACUCUAAAAACACUCUCUCGCUAUGCUGUGCGCCGUAGCCUGGGACUCCAGUAUCUGCCAGAUGCAGUGAAGGGCCUUCCACUACCAGCUUCUUUGAAGGAAUACCUGUUACUUGUAGAAUAGCCUGGAGGGGACAUUUGCACCAUCCUGCAGGCAACUCUGGGUGAGGCUUUUCCCUGUAGUACUGCCUCUUUGUCAUGGAAAACAGAAAAGCAGUUGUUCCUGUUGUGUGGUUUAUAGAUUUUGAGGCAACAUGUCACAACAGUAACCUCCACACCACCUCCCCUCCCAAACCAAGCAAUCAAACAAAAAAACCCUCACUUUUGUUUUCUGUUCAUUGCUUAUUUGGCUUUUUAUACUGCACCCUGCAAAAGAAGAGUUUCCUUCCCCCACCCCCACUUUUAGGGAAAGAGUCAACGGUGCAACUAAAUUUCUGUAGGAAAAUGGAAAGUAUUUAAAGAAUGUGUGCCUGGUUUUCCUUUGGGAACAUGAUUAACGUUCCAGAAGAAUCCCUUGUAGAAAACAUUUCAAUUGAUCUGUGAAGAAGUUUAAGAAAAUCACAGUUCCAGCUAAUGACCACUGUGUCCCCAAAAUGAAGAUACUACAAUCUCAAAUGGUAUGCAGAUUCAGAAUUGGGCUGGAUGAUAACACUAGAGUGCCAUGUCAUUGGGCAUUCAGAAAGGACUGGCCCCCUUUCCCCUCACCAAAGGAAAAAACAGUCUUUGCCUCUGCCUCUUUGCCAUGGGUGUGCCCAAGGGUUACAGUAGUUCAGCAAUGUUAUUUCAGAAAGAGUGUCUUGCUGCUUUCCACAUAAAAGAGCUAGCAGGUUCUAAGCAGUCCUAAGAACUCCUAAAAGUCCUGAGAACUUUUCUUCUAAUUCUGCUAUUUGUCUUCCUGAAAGCCAGCUUGCUCUGAUGGGCUUAGCUGCCUUUUCCCAUGAGUCUUCUUCAUUCCCUAUGGAAAGCUUGCUCUGCUAAGAGUUUGGAAUUAGUUUCCUUUCAGUUGUUUUGGAACCUUUGCUUUUUGUUGAUCUAUGCAAAACAUUGGUGGAGGGGUGGAGUUGGGAAGGGAGUGGGGGAAAAGCAUAUGAGCUUCUUUUGAGAUGGCCCACCUACUGAAAAAGAUCUAUUUUCGUGAACAAUACUUAAUUUAAAAUGUCCUUACUUUCCAUGUUCCUAAACUAGAUCAAGUUGUUAUGGAUCUUAGAUGAUCUGUAUGCAAAUUUGAAAAACCUUUUUUUUAAAGCUGUUUGGAAACUACAAACAAAAUGAAUGGGAUC